GAUCUGCCCUAAUGUUAUAAAAUAAAUUAGGUCACAGUCUAACUACAGCAACUCUGUGUAUUCAGUUUCCUCUUUGUUUAUGUAAUGUAAUGUAAUGUUUAAUUUCCCGGGAAAGCUGUUAUGAUAAUGAGGACGCUCUCUGCCAAUCCAGACACUGCAAUCCCAAUUGGGCCCGCCUUCGAUGACGACGAAUAAGAGGAAACUGUACAAUACCAAAAAAGGAAAAUACUCCCGCAUGCGCAGUGGCUUGAGUUUUGUUUGAAGUGAACUGCUGCCUGGGACUGCCAUACAAGCUGCAAAGUCGCCAAGCAAUAGACUCACUGUAUGUUUUUUCCCAUUUCCCCCAUAUUCGUUUCGUGGCUCUAUGCAUCGCGAAGACGAUGUUAGGCCACCACUACCCAAAUGCCGACAAGUCGCAACAACUGGUCAACUAUGUGGAGGAUUAUCUGGAAUGUGUGGAGUCCCUGCCUUUGGACAUACAAAGAAAUGUUUCCCUGCUUCGGGAAAUUGAUGCCAAGUAUCAAGAGGUGCUGAAUGAGGUAGAUGAAGUGUUUGAGAAGUACAAGUGCGAGCAGGAUGCGGCUCAGAGAAAGCGGCUGCAGGUCCAGUUACAAAGGGCGCUCAUCGUCAGCCAGGAGCUGGGCGACGAGAAGAUCCACGUGGUGACCCAGAUGACGGAGCUUGUGGAGAACCGCUCGCGCCAGAUGGACUCUCACUCCAUCUGCCUCCAGGAGCCCAGCGAGGCUGAGCGGCUCCCAGCGGAGCGCCGCACCAGCGUCCCAGACUCCCCGGCUCCCGAGCGCACCUCGGCCCGCCGCCCGCGACGCCAGCGCAACAGCGAGAGCCGCGACUCCAGCCACCCGUCGGCCAACGGCUCGCUGGUGGACGACCCCAUGGAGGAGCUGCCGCCCAUUCCUCCUCCGCCGCGAGAUAAGAAGUCCAAGUCUGCGAAGAAGAAAAAGCGCAAGGCCAAACAGGAGCGGGACGCCUCACCUGUCGACUUCGCCAUCGACCCCAAUGAGCCCACCUACUGCCUCUGCGAGCAGGUGUCGUACGGCGAGAUGAUCGGCUGCGACAACGACCAGUGCCCCAUUGAGUGGUUCCACUUCUCCUGCGUGGGGCUGACCUACAAGCCCAAGGGCAAGUGGUACUGCCCUAAAUGCAGAGGGGACAGCGAAAAGACCAUGGACAAAAGCCUAGACAAAAACAGAAAAGACCGCAGGUCCAGGUAAUGACGCGUCUUCGGUCGAAGGGUUGAGUCCAUCAACCGUAGCAGAUGACAGUACUCGUGAUGUUGUAAGAGCACAAUCGAACACCAUUAGUAGCAGCGCUUAUAAUUGAUCAAGGACUUGGAGGAAGUUGUCAUUUGAACGUUUGCUGUUACAUCCCCGAUCGUUCCCUCUGGCUAAAAUGUGCUGUAGUCUGUAGGGAGUCCAGCUGCAGAAGAAACCAUCAGCCUGAAGCUGCCAUCUUCCUCUAGUGUUUUGCUUUGUGCCACGUUUUCAUUUUUUAUUUGGAUUUAAUUGAAAUCGAUAAAAUAACCCUUUGGUUAUCCAUUUCUUACAGGGUGAUACUGCAGGUAUGGCCAAUUAACACCCCCCCCUCCCCCACCCCACACCCUUUUAACUUUCUUAAUAGCACGCAAUUAAUUUGAAAUCAGUGUCUCUAUACAUUAAUGGCUUGUAGAGGAUAACCUACAGAUGUAAUAUGUUUACAAGAGAUGAUAUUUAAUUGAGGAAAUGAUUGUUGAUGGGACACUGGAAUACAAUGUCAUGUUUGUGGACUCCCAUGUUUUCACUAUCACUAUUGUGUAAAUGUCUUUUUAUAUUCAUUAAAACAAAAUAUACUCAUUCAGUUACCGUUCAGUUGUCGUUUCUCUGUCAUUCUUUGUGCUUUCUUUCCUCACAGGUUUCUGGACCCAUUAGUAUUAGUCAAAUGACUAUCACUGUCAUCGUAAAGACACAUUACUGAUUGGCUUCUUCCUUGGAGUCUUUGUGCUUUCCCUCCUUAAAGGUGUCUGUGAAUGGGGGGUUCAAUCAUGCUGUGGCCCCGCUUAACAUCCACUAAUACUGUCCUUACUAUUCAUUUAUGUGUUUGUGUUUCCAGGCUC